UUCUCAUGAACGUCCGACCGCCGUAAAACCCGAAGCCGCGUGCUCAGCACCGUCGCAAGUUUGAUUGGUUUCGCUAACUCUCGCCGACCAUGAAUCUUGCGCCGCCGCCGCCGCCGGCGAUGCCGCCGACCUGGUACCCGAUGUUACCGCCCCACCCGCCGCCGUCGAGCGCGUUCUGGAGCGGCGCGAACGUCCGCGAUCGAGUUCGAGAGUUGCAGGAGACGCUCGCGCAAGCGAAAGCAAUGCGGAGGGAGCUCGAGUUGCUGGGGACGAUCAAAGAAUCCGAAGCGUGCGGUGAAGGCGUGAGAAGCGGGGCUUGCGGUGGUCGGGCGCGCGAGUUCUUGAAGCACGUCGAGGACGAGGGCAUUGGUCUGGAGUUGCAAGAGAUGCGGUCGCUGGAAGCUGCGAGCUCUGUGAUUUCGAAAUUGAGAGCCCAGCUCGAGCCGUUCAGAGUCGUCGCGGAUGAGGCGGGUCCCUGGGAGGAGAAAUCGGCGGUGUUCAGAUUGUCGAGCAAGAUGUCCAAGUCGAGGCGGAAUAAGCUCUGGAGGAAGAGGAAGAGGCGGCGCGUGGCGGAGCAGCAGAUGAAGGAGCGCGAACGGUUUGACCAAGCUGAUCAGGAUGCUGAUGAGUGGAGAGCAAGGGAGAUCGCCAAGGAUAUUGCGAGACGCAAGAUAGAAAAGAUGAAGGAAAUAGCAAAGCUUAAAGCAAAGGAGGAAAGGAGGAGGUUGGAAUCCGAGCUAGAGCUUGUCUUGAUUGUGGAGAAAUUGCAGGAGCUACGGUCAAUGAGGGUUAGAAAACUGAAGAAGCAGGGACAUUUUCUCCCAGAGGAGGAUAAUGAGUUUCUUGAGAGAGUUCGAGUUGCUGUUGAGGAAGAGGAGAUCCAGGCUCGCAUUGCGGCUGAUGCAGAUGCUGCAAGAGAUGCCAUUGCGACUGCCGAAGAAUCUCGCAAAACAGCUGAUACUGCUGAGUCUGACCCGAAAGAUCAAAAUGAUGUCACACAUCAAAAGCUUGAAAACAAAGAUGAAAUUACUGAUGAGGAAGGCAACAUUAGCUCUUUAACGGGCGGUCAUAAUGAAUCCAAGAAAGAAGCACCAGAAGGGAAAGCUCAUAUUGGAUCUUAUGAGGCCUUGGCAAAUCUUCCGAUUGAGUUCUAUCAUUACUAUCAUGGCAGUAACACUGAUAUGGGGACUCUUAUAGAGGUCAGAAGAACAUGGGAUGCAUAUCUAAGAAGGGGAGGAAGCCGCAUACCUGGGCACUGGGUUCAACCGCCACCUCCGGCAGAUGAAGUAUGGGCUUCCUACUUGGUGAAGCCAAACUGAGGGACUUUGGCUUGCAAUUCAAUCUGUUGGCAUUUUUUCUCUCUCAUACAAGAAAAUCUGAUACUGGAGCAUAUGGCAGACAAAUUUCUCACUAGCAUAUAUCAUGCUGCCCGAAGUAUUGGUAUCUAAGUUUGUUCUCUGGUGGGGAUGAAGGUUUUAUGAUAAGGCUUGCCUGCUGGAAACGCAGCUGCUGCUUGGACAGAUCCAACAACACUUCUUUCAGCAUAGUGAUGAUCCGUAUCAAAACAGACAAUGCACAAGCUGAGUGUUGAAUCCCAAACAAGUUGCUGCAUUAAGCUAUCAAGCUUCAGACAGACAAUUCUGGGUCGAUUUUGUGACUCUUGUCUACUGUCCAUGCUUCCACCACUUAGAAUAUUCUUGUGGCAGCAAAAAAAGAGAACCUCGGAUUGCAAUGCAAAAUGGCAGUCAUGGAAUGUCAGACAAAAGGAAUGCCAGGACGAGUUGCCAAAAGAGUUUUUACAGCGUCAGACAAUUUACUUGCCAUGCUUUUUCGUUUUUCCCCUAAAUGACUGGAAUGGUAUCAAGUUUACUUUUGAGAGGCUUAAACUACUAGCUUGGCGUCGUAAGUGAGAAAGUCAGUUCGAGCAGAGCAACUUGCAGUCUUAAAUCGGCAAUAUGUCACGACUUGCCUGGUCCGGCUCUUUUGUCAUGGCAGUGAAAGCAUAGGGAGGGUGUAUAUGAGCGGGAGGAAAGAUACGAACUUUGGAGAAGCUGGACCUAGAAGCAGAAGUGGGAAAACUUUUGCCUGACAUUAGUUGAAUAUACAGACCUGUUUUGUGAAAGUGAUCGAUUGCGCUUAGCACCUGAAAUUUGUAUGGGGUGAUGAGGCGCAAUGGGAUCUGAGAAGGGCAAACUUGAUUAAUUCGUCGCGACUGUUUACUUUCAAUCCUAUAUUCUUCUCUUCUUUCAUCGAUAA